AAUGUCAUCAUCAUAUCCACCAUUACCUGCCGAUCAAACAAGCCUUGUUUCACCCCCAAUAACUAUAGUUCUAACUGUAAUUCUUCUGGUGUUCUUCUUCUUAGGUUUCUUUUCUAUAUAUUUUUGUAGAUGUUUUAUGGAAAGUGUGGUUAACAAUUGGCAUCUACGACGUAGCACUUCCGGGAAUAAUUUAAAUCCAGCUUCUUCACCUGCAAACAAUGGUCUUGAUCCUGCAUUAAUACAAAUUUUUCCUACAUUUAGUUAUUCAAGUGUGAAAGAUUUUCGACGAGAAAAGUAUGGUCUUGAAUGUGCUGUUUGCUUGGCAGAGUUUGAGGAUGAUGAUGUGCUUCGGCUUUUAACAGUUUGUUAUCAUGUGUUUCAUCAAGAGUGCAUUGAUCUUUGGCUAGAAUCUCAUAAAACAUGUCCAGUUUGUCGUAGUGAUCUUGAUUUGCCCAGAGAAACAUUAGAAAAAACUCCAGCAUCUGAGCAAAACAAUGACCAUCAAACUAAUAAUAAUGGUACUUUGGCAGAGAAUGCUAUAAGUAUUGAUAUUGCAGAAGAUGAUGAUGGUGAUCAAAAGGAAGGUAGAUCAGGAAAUGCUGAAGGCAAUUUGGUGGGUGAUGAUGCAAACAAGCAAAAUCAAAGUCAUGAAAAGAUAGAGAGAUUUUCAAGGUCACACUCAACAGGACACUCAAUUGUUGUGGCUAGAGAAGAAGAGGAUAGAUACACUUUGAGAUUGCUUGAUCAUGUUAAAGUAAAAUUUUCAAAAGGACAUAACAACUCAGAAAGUUGCAUUACAUUUGGUGACUUCACAAGUCCUACAAAUGGUUGAUUAUGUACAAGUUCAAAUAUUUCUUUUUCAUCUUUUAUUGAAAUAUUUCGAGAGAUUUUGAUGUCUUUUAUCAAUUUUUUU